AUGGCACCCGCUAAGCCCUCAAAGACCGUUGCAGCGACAGGGAAAGACCUUCGCUCUUUCUUCGGUGGUGUUGGAGGAGAUAAUACCCACAAGGCAAGGACAAAGUCCGACCGUACGAUGAUGAUCGACAGUGACGAUAUCCCACCGAAAAAGAGUCUCAAGCGCAAAAACAUCGUUGUCAUCUCGACCGACGAGGAGGGCGAAUUGGUCGCGUCGCCGCCAAAGAAGAAGGCAGCCGUCGCUGCGAAAUCUGCACCGAAAGUAGUUGCCUCGGCUUCAACCUCAAAAGUGGCUACACCGAAAGCAGUCGCGUCAGUGGUUGCGUCAGCAUCGACCAAGGCCAAAGCGAACGGAAAGGCGCCUAUCAAAUCGAGGAAAUCGAAGGAAGAUGAGUUCGUGGUGAACUCCUCCGAGGAAAAAGCAGAGGAGAGUGAGGACGACUAUGAGGACGAGGAAGACGUCAAGCCUGAGAAGAAGGGCAAGACUAAGCCUCCCCCGAGGGCAAAACCGCCCCCCAAGAAACGUUCCCCGCAGAAAGCGAAGGCAACAGGCACAGGCAAGGCUAAAGCAGAGGAUGCAGAGCCGCCUUCCAAAACCUUCAAGUAUGCAAACUCUCACUGGGCUGCUGCAAAAGCCGCGAAAUUGGCUGGUCCGUCUGCUCCGGGUUCGAAACAGGUCCCUCAGCCCAAGUCGCCCAACUGUCUCGAGGGACUAGCCUUUGUUUUCACUGGCGAGCUCAGCAGUUUCUCCCGAGACGAAGCAACAGACUUAGCAAAGCGAUUUGGAGGGCGUGUCGUAUUGCAACCUUCAUCAAGAACGUCGUUUGUCGUCCUAGGCGAGAAUGCCGGUCCUUCGAAGCUUAACGCAAUCAACAAACACCGACUCAAGACGCUUUCUGAGGACGAGUUCCUUAAUCUAAUCGCUACUCGCGAAGGACCAGGUGGUGGGGAGCUAGACGAGAAAACGAAGAAGAAGGUGGCUAAGGAGCAAGAAACGAUCAAACAGGCAGCAAAGGAGCUCGAACGGAGGGAGAAACAAGCAUCAAAGGACGCCGAUAAAUUUGGCAGUUCCAAAACUGAUGUCUCCAGCCAGCUGUGGACAACGAGAUACGCUCCUCAGUCGUUAAAGGAAAUCUGCGGUAAUAAAGGCCAGGUGGAGAAACUCCAACUGUGGCUUCACGACUGGUCAGAUAGCCUCAAAUGUGGUUUCAAAAAACCGGGGAAAAACGCUAUGAACGUCUAUCGCGCAGUGAUGAUCACUGGCCCACCUGGUAUUGGCAAGACUACCAGUGCGCACCUUUGCGCCAAGCUCGAAGGGUUCACGCCUAUCGAGCUCAAUGCAAGCGAUGCGCGCAGCAAAAAGCUGGUUGAGAGCGGCAUGAACAUCAGCAACCUGUCGUUAGACGGGUGGAUGGGCGGAAAUGAUGCGACAAACGCAGCAGGAGUCAGAAUCACCGACAAGACGUGUCUCAUCAUGGACGAAGUCGAUGGCAUGUCCGCUGGCGACAGGGGUGGUGUCGGCGCUCUCAACGCCUUGAUCAAGAAGACGAAAAUCCCCAUCAUCUGUAUCGCUAAUGAUAGAGGUGCCCAGAAGCUGAAGCCACUCAUCGCAAAUACUUUUGGCAUGACGUUUAGACGCCCCGAGGCCCAAGCUGUCCGAUCACGCAUAAUGUCGAUCGCAUACAAGGAGAAGAUGAAGAUCCCCGCGAAUGUCAUCGAUCAGCUUAUUACUGGAUCCCAGUCGGAUAUUCGACAGGUUUUGAAUAUGCUAUCUACAUGGCGACUAUCCAGUAGUAGCAUGGACUUCGACGAAGCGAAGAAUCUUGCAAAAAUCAACGAAAAAUACACCAUCUUGACGCCUUUCGACGUGACAUACAAAAUCCUUGGUCCGUACGCGUUUGGCCCGAACGCUCGAGAGACACUAGGCGACAAGAUGGAAUUGUACUUCCACGACCAUUCCUUUGUCCCGCUCUUCAUUCAAGAAAAUUAUUUGAAGACUCAACCUGUCAAGGCACGGAACCUCGAAGGACCACCGAAAAUGUUGAAGCAACUCGAGCUGAUGGAUCAAGCCGCGUCUUCCAUAUCUGACGCUGAUCUUGUCGAUGCUCUGAUUCACGGGCCGGAACAGCACUGGUCGUUAAUGCCGUUACAUGCAGUCUGUUCGAUGGUACGACCUGCCUCAUUCUUGUUCGGUGCAGGCGGCGGAUACGGCGGCCAAAACCCAAUGACGUUCCCUCAGUGGCUAGGUCAAAAUUCGAAACAGAACAAGCUCAGUCGACAACUGGGAGACGUACAGGUCCGAAUGCGUCUCAGAGUCUCGGGAGACAAAUCCGAGAUCCGACAGUCGUACAUCCCUGCACUAUACCCACACGUCGUCAAGCCAUUGAUCGACCGGGGCGCGGCCGCUGUCGAUGACGUCAUUGAACGGAUGGACGAGUACUACCUUUCCCGUGAAGAUUGGGACACUGUCGUCGAGCUUGGGGUGGACGCGCAGAAAGACGAUGUUGUUAACAAGCUCAUCAAACCCGCAACAAAGACAUCGUUUACGAAAAAGUAUAACAGCACGGAUCAUCCCAUACCAUUCCAUAAAGCAACGGACCUCGGGAAAGUCCCCAAGAAACUCGCAGGAGGUCCAGCGCCUGAUCUAGAAGACGUCUUUGAUUUGGACGAUGAAGUCGUCGAUGCUUCUGAUGACGAGAAGAAGGUAAAGGAUGAGGACGAGGUCGCUGCUGACAAGCUGUUCCAGGCUAGUAAGCCCAAGACUCAGAGUCAGAAGGGUAAGACGACUACGAUCACGGGGAAGGUCAAAAGCAAGAAGGCCCAGAAUUUUAUGUGAUUUAUCUCUUUUUUUUUUUUAACCGUGGACAAAGGGUUGCUUUCGCUUUUCUCUGGGGCCGUAAGUGAGUGCUGUUCCUCUUACGGUCAAUGUUGCUUGCUUUGCAUCGACUUAGGCAUAUGUGCCACAGCACCUGGCACCAGUGAUUUCGAUACUCCUUUGGAUGCUGGUGGCCAGGACUAUGCCACUUAGAUUUAGAGGCCAUCAGAAGGAGCUUGAAGCAACUCGCAUCUUAACCUGAGCCUUCAGCAAU